AUGAAGAAGCUCUCGCGUGAAUACGGCUGGGCGGCGCUCGGCGUGUACCUGGCAUUGACAGCGCUGGACUUGCCGUUCUGCUUCCUCGCCGUCCGCAUGCUGGGCACGGACCGGAUCGGCCACUGGGAGCAUGUCGUUAUGGAAACAUUUAAAAGCUUUGUCAAGUGGCCGCUGCCCACAGCUGCGCAGGAGAAGAUCGAUACCGCGGGAGAUCUGGUCAACGAAGCGGUGGCGGGAGACGUUAAAAGUAGCAAGCGUAUGCUCGAAGAGUCAAGCAGGGAGUAUGGUGUGGAGGAGAUCGAAGACCACGGCUACAAGGAGGCCGACAAGGCGAAUCGUGGUGCUGAUGCUAGUAUCUGGACGCAGCUAGGGCUCGCCUAUGUGAUCCACAAGUCUUUCAUUUUUGUCCGAGUCCCGCUCGCUGCCGCGAUUACUCCGAAAGUCGUCAAGACCUUGAGGUCCUGGGGCUGGAACAUAGGCAAGAUGCCUAACCGCAAGGCUGUAAAGUCCGUAUCAGGUAGUGGCAGCAGACCGAGUGGGACACCUGCUGGGGUCAAUACCAAGGGCUCGAAAGUCAGGCCUGAUGAUUGA